AUGACACUUUUAUUUGAUACUAAAGUUGAAUUUUUGGAUGCAGAUGCAGUGGGCACAAUUGGAUCAUGGCAUUCACGCGAACCAAUAUUUGCGGUGGCAUCAUACAGUCAAGAAAGAGGUGGUUCGGUAACUGUUUUCACUGAUACGGGAGAACCUCAACGAGAUGUCACUUAUCCAGUACAUCCAACAUCACAAUGUACCGCCAUGGCCUGGCACCCGGAGCGUAUACUUUUAGUAAGCUGUUGGGAAAAUGGUGACAUACAUGUAUGGUUCAAUGGCCAUCGUGAAUUCGCCAGUGUCAGUGGUCCACACAAAGCCGCUAUAAUCCUUGUCGAAUUCAGUGAACAAGGUGGACGUAUGGUUACUGCUGAUACAAUGGGUCUAUUAACUGGUUGGCGUUGUGACGGUCAAUAUCAAUUUCUUACCAUGUUUUCACAUGAUUUACGUGAUGUCCUUUCGUUGAUAACAUUUCGUCGCACCAUAUGCAGUGAACUGCGUGAAGAAAUGGUUAACUUGGCUAAAGCUGCUGUGGCCGGUGAUGAAAAUGCUUUGGAUACCCUGACAAAUUGGAGACCACGAACAGCUGUGCGAACCGCUACUCACACCGAUAUCAAGGAUAAUUAUUGUUUUUUCGUUUGCACUCAAGUGGGGCAGAUGUAUUAUAUUAAUCAGGGGGGAACGUGCACAGAGGUGGUUAAUAAUAAUUCCGUAUCAAUAACACAAAUGUUAUGGCACCAAAAAAAAGAUGCCGUUAUAUGCCUAACGGAGGAUAUGUCCGUUAUAUUGUUCUUAGUCGAAUCAACGGGUAUUUUAACUGAAUUGGAUCGUGUUAAAUUGAGCUGUAAAUUGACGGGAAAGAAAGGAGCUAUAACAUGGGUUGGUUCUACAUUGGCUAUAAUAACAGGCGAUUUAUCUGUACGCAUUUGGGAUAUUGAGAAAAGUGAUAAUUAUGUACUAAAAAUGGACUUACCCAGUGCAAAGACAUCAACCGUUGGCGAGUAUCAAUCAACAACGGCAGCAGCAGCAUCAAAUUUCUUCAAUCAGGAUAAUGGUAUUGAAAACGGCAUCAUGAUGAAUCAUGCCAGCGGUGCUAUUCGACAUCUUAAGAGCAGCAGCAACACACACAAUAAUUCUAAUGAAUAUUUCACCUGUAUCACUUACAUCAACGACAAUCAAACUUUAAAUGCUGGCACCAAUUUGGGUAAUCUAUAUACAUGGAAACGUAAUGUGGGCUAUAAAUCUGCUGCACCUGAAGAUAUGUGGAAAUUAACGAACAUUUCAUAUUUACGCGGUUCUAUAAAACAAUGUCUGUGGGGUUUUAAUGAGCUGUCGAAGCCAUGUUUAUUGGUUAAUUGUGUGUCCAAUGUGUAUGUCCUGAAGGAACAACCACUGUUGUCCUUUCAUAGCCGUGAAUUGUGGGCAAUUCAACAAAGUGCCCGAACUAUUUUCCUUGCAUAUCAUGACAAACGAAAUUGUACUGUGCAAGCAGAAUUUUGUGUUACAUCACUGGCCUUGGAUGUGGCCAAUAUGGCCUUGAGUAAUGGCCGAAGUAUUACCACUUAUCUCAUAGACAAAGAUGUCACGGAUGCUACGGAGACAUCAUCAUCUAGCGAUAGCCUUAAGACGGAUAAAAAUUCGAAUCAACUGGUUGUGACAUUGUUGCAAACCUUCAAUGCAGAUUGUUUGGCUUUGGGCUUACGCCAACAAAAUGUAUUUUGCCUGACUACCAAUGAUGUAACAAUCUAUUCCAUAGGCGGAGUAGUAUUGCAUAAAAUAAUAUCCAGCACCACGGAGGGGAAAAUAAUCGGCAUGGAUUUGACGGCAACCUAUUUGUCAAUCUUUACAAUGAAUGGCUAUAUCAAAUGUUAUGAUGUGUCACGCCACGAUCCAAGAAUGUUAUUUCCCGCCAAAUCUGCCUAUGAUUUAUUCGAAGAUUUUGGCGAAGUUAUUUUACUCAAAUGCAAUUCGGAUGGCACCCACUUAUCGAUGAUCAUUGCCAAUCGUAGUUUCGCUCCUCAACCCAUUCUAUAUUGUUGGGAUUUCGAAAGAAAUACUUUAAUGGAAUUUGAUAUGCGUAGCGGAGGAGAGAUGGAUUCGGGAGAAUUGAAUUCAUGUAUACCAGUAUCAUUGUGGUGGGAUUCGGAAGAACCUCGGCUGUUGGCAAUGGAAAUCAAAUCUAUGAAACAACAACAUAAUGAGAAAAAUCGAACAAAACCGAAUGACACCACGGCCACCAGUCGACAUGGGUAUGUCGAGGCCGCCGUUUGGCUCUUCUUUUAUUCGGAUAAUAACAAAUUAAAUGUCUUGGAAACUAAGGAUUUGGCUGCCGGUGAACAACUUGUGGACAUGUGUAUUCCUUGUGUGAUAACAUUGGACAUCAGUGUGAUAAGAGAAUCCCCAUUGCGGGAUUUUAGUGAUUUAAAGGAUUGUGACACCUCAACCCGACGUAUGGUUUUGAAUUUCAGCAUGCACGUUGCGGAAGGUAAUAUGGAUUUAGCCUAUCGCAGCAUCCGAUCGAUACAAUCAAAAGCAGUUUGGUCCAAUUUGGCGAAAAUGUGUAUAGAAAGUCAACGGCUGGAUGUGGCUAAAGUUUGCCUGGGUCAUUUGGGUCAAGCCCGCUCGGUACGCUCCAUUCGCGAAGCCUUAGAAGAUGAUGAUUUGGAAAUAGAAGCAAAAACUGCUGUACUUGCUACCGAAUUAAAUAUGCUCGAAAAAGCCGAAGAGCUAUUGGAGAAAUGCGGCAGAUAUGAUCUAUUGAAUAAACACCUGCAGGCCACUGGGAAAAUUGACGAAGCUUUGAAAAUAGCUGAAACACAUGAUCGUAUACAUCUGAAAAAUACCUACUAUCACAAGGCUAAGGAAUUGGCGGAUAAGGGUGAUAUUUCGGGGGCGUUGGAGUAUUUUGAAAAGACUCAAAAUCCGGUACAGAAUAUAACAAGAUUACUUUUGGAUAAUCCCAUAGCGUUGAAGCGUUACAUGCAGAACACCACAGAUCCAAACAUGCUGAAAUGGUGGGGUCAAUAUGUAGAAAGUUCUGGUGAUAUGGAUGGUGCUUUGGCGAUUUAUCAAAAAGCCGAUGAUUGGUAUUCUCAGGUAAAAAUCUUAUGCUAUUUGGGUAAAAUAUCCAAAGCCGAUGCCAUUGCCCGGCAAUCUGGAGAUCGUGCUGCAUGCUACCACCUGGCCCGUCAUUAUGAAAAUGUGGGCAAAUUUCAAGAUGCCAUUAUGUUCUAUACACGUGCUCAAACCUUCAGCAAUGCCAUACGCAUUUGCAAAGAAAACGAUUUUCAGGAUGAACUAUGGACGGUGGCGAGUUCAUCACGUAAUCGCGACAAAGCUGUUGCUGCAGCCUAUUUCGAAGAAGUUGGAUCUUUCAAACGUGCCGUCGAGCUAUAUCAUAGAGCUGGAAUGCUGCACAAAGCCGUCGAUAUGGCAUUUGAAUCGGAACAACCGGAUAUAUUGGAAGUUAUUGCUUCGGAGUUAACAAUUGAUUCGGAUCCCGAAUUAAUACAUCGUUGUGCUGAAUUCUUUAUGGGUGUGGAACAACAUCAAAAAGCUGCACACCUUCUGGCCAAGACAAAACAAUUGAAAAAGGCCAUACAAAUAUGUGUUGAAAAGGGCGUUCCCAUAACCGAAGACUUGGCAGAAAUGUUGACACCUGCCAAGGGUGAGGUGGAAGAAGAUACACGCAUAUAUAUACUUUCACAGUUGGGAGAGUUAUUACAACAACAGGGUGAUUAUCAUACCGCCACAAAGAAAUUCACCCAAGCUGGAGAUAAGGUGCGGGCAAUGAAAAGUCUUCUGAAGUCGGGGAAUACCGAGAAAAUCAUAUUCUUUGCAAAUAUGUCGCGGCAACAUGAAGUCUAUAUAAUGGCCGCAAAUUAUUUGCAAGCUCUUAACUGGCAGGACGAUAAUAAUAUAUUGAAGCAUAUUGUUACAUUUUAUACCAAGGGUCAGGCCUAUGAUUCAUUGGCGAAUUUUUAUGCAAUUUGUGCACAAAUUGAAAUCGACGAAUAUCACAACUACGAAAAGGCCCUGAAAGCAAUGCAGGAGGCCCACACCUGUUUGGGUAAAUUAUGUGGUGGGCAUAGUCAAGCGGCAAUUAACAACUUACAAAGGACAAUGGCCGAUGUCAAAUCGAUAUUGGAUAUACAAAAUGCUCUCAAAAAUGGUGAUAAUCAAGUGGCCAUAUCCGGUUGUCGUAAUAUGUUGAUUAAACCAGAAAUGCCACCAAUACGCCAAGCGGACAUAAUUGCUUUGUUGGUGCGCGCUUUAACAAAUACCAAACAAUAUAAUGAAGCUGCCAAGGCUUUAAAAGAGCUAUCCAUACGAGAUCCUGGUUGGUGUUCGUCGGGAAUUCUAGAAAAAUCGCUCGUACAGAGAAUUGCAAAGGAAUGUAAUUUGGAUUUUGAUUUGAUAUGGAAACCAAAUCAAUCGCGCGCAAUGGACAAUGAUUCCGAUAGUGAUCAAGAUGAGAUACAGGAAGUUUUACGAUAG